AGAUGGGGGAUGGAGUGAUACUCUUUCUGCUGCCGUUGCUGCUGCUGCGGUGGACUGAAUGUAGUGCGAGCUACCUGAUACGUCGUCUUUAGGUUGAGAUGAAAGUGAAUCUGCUAUCAGUUACUCGCUGCCUACGUUGAGCAGAUCAAUUCCUUAAGUCUCUGUUUUUCACCCCAAACUAAAGUCGACGUUGGGCUGAGCUGACCAGCAGUCUCAUCUCAACUCGCCUCACACGACAGAGUGCCUUCAACCCUUCCUCCUCUGUGCCUUUCCUCUUCUCACCACUUCGGACUCUCCUCCAGUGCGUCUCUUCUUUCCCAAACAACAAUAGUUAACAAACCCUUGUUUAUCCAAAUCAGAAAAUAAACAACAAUAACAAACAGUGAGCUUGUGUGCUAUGGCGAAAUAGUCAAAUCGACUUUUACCCACGUGUUCAGUUUUUAAUCUCCCUUCGAAAACAAGCAUUUAUUUUUUGGAUUUGGAACCGUAAACCAGAAUGCAGCCAUGAGUGCCUUAGAAUGGCUCCCGUUGAUGUACCCCCAGGGGUUGUUGGACAUGCGGGACAAGGAUUCCAACCCAUCGCGACGUCUGAAUAAUCUGCCUCCUUCCAUGCUCACACCGCACCCCAUGCACCCACACUCUCACCACCACCACCACCUCCCGCACCAUCCGCUUCCCGGACUCUUGCCCCCCAAACCUGGCGCCCUUUACCAUCCUGCGGCGGCUGGUUUUCUCAGGUCAAUGUCCGUCGCUGUGGGGGAACCUGCGCCACAUCUUCCCUCGUCACCAUUCCCAUCCAACCUCUUUAUGGGGGCAGCUCUCAACGGAUCCUCCUCCGAGUCUCGCACUCCAAACAACAAAGAACUUCUCAUGCCCUUUGACCUAUCGAAAAGAUUUCACAACAACGGUAUUUCUGCGGGAAAAGGGCACCAUCACCAGCAGCAAAAUCAUCACCAAAGUGUCCAAAAUCACCACAAUCGUCGAGCAGUGGGUGAGGAAGAAGGAGAAGCCAAAAUUCCCUCCAAGGAGCAGUCUGCUGGGGGUGUGGUUUCCUCGAAGGAUGAGCAGCCUCUGGAUCUCAGCGUCAAACGGAGAAAGAGGUUGGACGAGAACCAGAACGUCAUCAGUACUUGUACGCCGAGCCCACCUCCGAAAAAGCGGUCGCGUAGUCCAACCCCCGUGUCGUCGCACCAGCAGCACCACAACCACCACCACCCAAGACCAGAGUCCAGCCCCACCCCACCUGCAGCGAAACGGAUCCACACGCCCAUAAGUAUCGCGAAUGGGGGUGGAAGGCAGACGCCUGGCAACAAUAAUGAGCAAACCGAGACGACUCUGAGCAAUAACUCGAGCAGCAGCUCCAACAAUAAUGGAGCCACUUUCACUCCUCCAACAAUGAACCAUCCAGCCAUGAACAUGUUUGGGAGACAUCAUUUGCCCCCACACGGUCUUCGCCAUGCGUCCCCCCAUCAUCCAGGAGGGGGAGGAGGACGACCUUUUCCUUUCGUGGCGUCCGCUCUUAAUCCACAAUUCGUUCAACAACCCUAUCACGAUGUCAUUGGUACAGGUCAAACUGGGUCAGGAGGGAUAAGCAAGUCUCGAGACCGAUAUUGUUGCAAAUACUGCGGAAAGGUGUUUCCGAGAUCGGCCAACCUGACCCGUCACUUGCGAACGCACACGGGCGAACAGCCCUACCGCUGCCAAUUUUGUGAACGGUCCUUUUCAAUUUCCUCCAAUUUGCAACGCCACGUUAGAAAUAUUCAUCACAAAGAGAAGCCCUUCCGCUGCCCGCUCUGCGAGAGGGCCUUUGGUCAACAAACCAAUCUGGAUCGACAUUUGCGGAAACAUGAUGGCAAUAUUCCUACAAUUAUGAACCCCAACGGAACUUCCCGACAUGGGUCUUCUCGUAACUCAUCAUCGUCAUCCUGGUCCAUGAGACAUCAUCAAAACAGUCUCAACAACAACAAUCAAAGUAGUUUCAUCAACCGAAAUGAACGAAGGAAGGACUCGCUCUCAGAGAUCCGUUCCUUCGUAGGAAUGGUCACACCCACAUCGACGUCCACCUCGGCAUCGUCCGAAACGGGGUCGGAGGGUGGUGGGACGGGGAUCGAAAGUCUCAAAAAGAUGCGACUCGAGGAUGACAACAACAACCACAUUGUUGACGAUGACGACGAGGAGGUGGACGUGGACAUUGAUGACAAUGAGGAGAUUGAUGUGGAAGAGUUGGACGAUGAGGAGGAGGACGAUGGCGAAGACACGACGGAAAUGAACUCCUCGGAAGCCGACGAACCCGAAGAGCUUACCACCAAAAAUAACGACAGCAGUUCUUGCACAGAUAACCUCCCAACCACCCCGCCGCCCUCCAGUGUCGAAAGUCGUAGCAGUAGCAGUGGAAAUCAUCAGGAUUAGCACAGAGUACUAAUAUGCACGUCGGUCGGUUAUACAUUAUCAUCACAAUCACAUAUCAUUCAAGCAGCAAAAUGGAAUCUCAAAAGUUUCCAACAACUCUUCCAACAGCUUUAUUAAUGGGAGCACAAAGUUACCUUAUUUCGUAUUUUAUCUAUUUUAUAUAUUACACAUAUUUUACUAUUACAAUUUAGGGAUGCUUCAGUAGAACAUAUUUUUAAUUAUAAUAUUAUAACUAUACAGAAGCUUUAAUAUGACAUGUUCAUACAUAUCCACUACUAAUCUACUUUGUAGAAGAGGUUUAGUUUAACCGUAUGUAUUUUUGUAUUAUAUAUUAAUUUCAAGUUUUUCUUAUAAAUCUUUUUUGUAAUUAACUUUAUGUAGCUAGAUGAGUAGUUAUUAAAAUAUGUAUGUAAGUUGUAAGUGGGACAAUGGUAUCAUGGUUCGAGAUGAUAGGUUAGAAAUAUUUGGUAUGUUUUUUUUUGCAUCCAAAGUUUUGAAGUAUCACAAGAUUCAUCUAGUCAAGAGAAUUUCUAUUAUUUUUCUUAAAAAUGUUUUUAUCUCUGUAAUCAAGGAAUUGUGCCCUUUCUUCCAGUACUGUCGGAUUACCUAAAAAAAAUUAUUUGUCUUUGGUCUGUCCUGCAUUUACUUUUCGCAUAUUUUUCUUGGAUAUUUUCGUACUCGUACAUUAUUAUGUUUGUAAUUUUAUGCCCUGCUCUGCCUUAAAAAAUAAAUGUGAGCCAGAAACUA